UGCGUGUCAGUCCACUUACAGCUGGCUGUGAGGACAACUGACGCUACUCUUUUUUUUUUUUGGCUCUUUGUCACAGCCACACGUUUACCUGCACUUAAAAAAAAAAAAAAAAAAAGUGUCUUAAAGUUAGCGCAGUAACUGGGGAGCAGUUUCGGAGCCUCUUUUUUUACGGUUUUAUUACUGGAAAACUGAAGUUGGAGGCUGGGCCUUUAGCUUUUUCACCGACGGUGGAGAAGAGAGAAAAAAGCUGGUCUUUUUUAUUUUUUGUAAAAAAAAAAAAAAAUUGUGGAAAGACGAUAAAUGCUACUAACGAAAAUGGACCUGUUGAACUACCAAUAUUUGGACAAAAUGAACAACAACAUUGGGAUUCUCUGCUACGAAGGUGAAGCAGCUUUGAGGGGGGACCCCAGACUCCAGUCCCUUUCCUUAUCCUCGUCUUCCUCUUCGUCAUCAUCUUCAUCAUCGUCCUCCUCUUCCUCCAUCUCCAGCCACAGGACAGGUCCUCCUCCCAUUAGCCCCACCAAGCGGAAGCUGAGUGGGGAGCAAGGAGACAGUGACAUGGACGACAAUGAACAUGUAGCAAAGAUGAGCCGACUGUUUGCCACACAGCUGAAGCCUAAUGGAGACUACCGUAGCUCUCCCAUCUCCAAGGAUAGAAGCAGGAGCCCCGUCGAGCGCGUGGUGAUGCACGGAGCUCUGGGAGUUCACAGCAACCACCUGUACAGCCACGCCCACCACCAUCAGCACCUGGCUGCUUUAACCAGCGUGGACCAGCCGCUGGCCCUCACUAAAAACAGCAUGGUGGACUCUGUGCGCAGCAGCACAGCAGUUAUGGCCACAAUGCCGCACACCGUCAGCGCGGUGGAACGACAGCAGAAUCGUCCCUCAGUGAUCACAUGCGCUCCAGCCAACAACCGCAACUGUAACUUGUCUCACUGUCCGGUCUCCCACAGUGGCUGCUCAGGCCUCAACAACAGCUACAGGAGAAUCAACACCAACACAGCGUGUGACCCGGUGAUUGAGGAGCAUUUCCGCCGCAGCCUCGGAAAGAACUACAAGGAGCCCGAGCCCACCGCCACCAACUCUGUGUCCAUCACAGGCUCUGUGGAUGACCACUUCGCCAAGGCGCUGGGCGAGACCUGGCUGCAGAUCAAAAACAAGGGGAGUCCGUCAUCUUCCACCAGCAGCCCAAACUCUUCCCCCGACAGUCACAUGGUCAAUCACAACCACUCCCCUUCUGUCCUCUCCUGAAAGGGGAGGGGUUUAAAAAGAUCAGCCCCCUUCCAUCAUCCCGCCUCUGCCACACCCUAUCACCAGCAUCGCAGCGACAACGCCACCUGCUGGUCUGCUUAAAUACCCCCUGAACCUGACGCUCACACUCUCUAUGCACUUGUAAACAUUGAUCAAGCAAUAACAACAUAGAUCAGCUUUUUGUUUGUUUGUUUUUAAUAAACCUUUGACAUGGUGAAACCAGAGAAGAUCCAGCGAUGAGUGACGAGGGUUCAACUUUGGGACUGAGUGGAGCACACGCUUCACACAUUCACCUUCUGCGCACCGAGCUGCAGUUAUGUACAUACAGAAAUGGAGGAAAGGAGGCGCUUUUCAUUUCGUUCUUGUUUCUUUAACAGUAGUUUUGUGUACCGCUUCUGCAUUACGAGAUGCCCGACAUUUGAAAGAUUAGCGAGAGAAAUGAGAUUUCUUUGGAGAUAUAAAAUCCCCACAAACCACCUGACUGUGCUACCAAAGAAAGCUCUCACACGGUUUAUCUGCGCCCGCCAAAAACAAAGAGGUCUGUUAGUUCUCUCCCCCUCCCUUACUGAGUAUGUGCUGGUGGUGUUGUCACUGUACGUGUUGUUAUGAAGCGAUCGACUGUCUGAUUUGUACUGCUGUCAUGGAGGGUAAACGGUAGCAUGUCAAUAUCCUAAUCUGCCGCGGCACACAUUGUGGACUGAUACAGUAGAUUUGAGGACAAAGUAACCGGAGACUCUUGUCUCAUCUGUGUUUACCUCUAAACUGAACUCUGCAGAACACAGUUCUGAAAAUCAUUACUGAGAAAAUGGAAACAUGUACCUGGCAGAGAUACGCAACAUGUGAUCCAUUUGAUCUGUCACAUGGCAGCAUGUGAAAGAAAACACGCCUGUGCUGCGUCUCUGCAAACUUCUUCAUCCUUGCCAGCAUUUAGAGAUAAAGCUUGUUGCUAGAAUUACCGCCUGUGGCAACAACUGUCGUACUGUAAAGUCUGCAGAUGAUUACAUUCUGCACCCCCCCCCCCCCCCUUUUGUUCCAACCCAAGCAUUGCCCAAAGGAUUGAAGGAGCACCCAGUUGGUUUAAUAGUUUCAUUGCGCUGCCUCUGCUGAACUAAUGGUGGCAGCCUUUAGUGGGGUUUCCAGUGCCAUGAAUCAAGUGACCUGCUGACCGUAUAGCCAUAGCACCACCACACUGCUGUUCUACAUCACAGUAGUGCCACAAUUUCAUCAAGACUUUAGCAAAAUGUAAACAAGAAUCAUCACAAAUUUACACCACAACAAUAAGAAACAUCACAAAGGUGUCACGAUGCCGGUGCUACACGCCAAGAAGUGUCUAGACUUCAUCAAGGUGCCGUCACCAGGGUGUGUCAUGCUGGACAGUGUAGACAGUGAUUAUGAAUGACGUGUUGUUGCACACUGCGGAUGAAUAGGAAGAACGUCUGAUAUCACCUGAUCAUGGCUGCGUCUGGAUGGCUUCUGUCUGUUGAGCUUCGUGUUGUAUUGGUGAUGGUUUGUCCACCUCUUCCCUCUCAUGUAUCACCGCAGAAUACUCAUGAUCCAGCAUUUUGUCAAAUCUUAAAACCACCACGAUGAACCAAUAAAUACAUCGUCAAGUCUUCUUUCAACAUUUCAAAAAAAGUGGUGGCGUGGUGUCUGGCAUCAGCCAGACAAACAGGACUCGCCACCUCUUAGAGAUCGGCGUGUGUUGUGUUAAUUAAUCGAAGUGGUACCUCCUCCCCAUCAUGACUGAGUGUCGCUCCUCUCCUCUCCACAGCUGAGGAGGACCCUCCUGUCAGCCACAGAGCCUGGUCAGUUCUUUUCUCACUUCCCUGUAAAUUCAUCCACAUUGUGCCAAAAGGCAUUUCAGCACAGUUUGAUUCUAAAAUCAGUUGUUUGGUAAAAAAUUAGGAUUAAAAAGAAGUUGCACGAGCUGUAGUGUGUUUGAGUUUUGAUGAGUUUCACAGUGGUGAGAUGUGUUGUUUUUGGUCUCGAUUGGGGGAGAGAAGAUAAUUCAGAUGUCUUGAGACACACCUUCCUACGACCCUUUGAACACGACUGCUCUUAAACCCCGCCCCUCCUGCACACUGGUUUGGUAGAAUUCUUAGUUUUGAUGGGGAAUCGAACGCUGGGACAGAUGCAUGUUUUUUGUUUUAAAAGUUUUUAAUAGCUGGUAUCUAUUAGUGUUUUUAAGCAUUUCAAUUUUUAUUAGCCUUUCAUUCUGACGUUAGUUGUUACUUCUUUCACUGUCGGUAACAGACAUAGACACUAUACACUUACUGCUGGGUCAGUUGUACUUCAUAUUAUUAUUGUUUUUAUUACAAUUUUUGUUUUUGUUUUCCAUUAUCAUCAGCGUAAUGACAAACAUCUAUAGUGGGACGGCCUCCGGACAGGUUCUGGUUAAAGACGACAGCUGCUUUUCUCGAAACCACCUAAGACAUCACCAUGGAGAUGGUUUUGAGAAACGUGGCCUGUUGAUGUUUUCUUUAAGAUGUUGAUCCAUCAGUGGUACAAUGUUGAGCUGAGACACCAGAUUGGCACAAAUUAGUCAGCAGAACAUUUUGUUUUACAAGCUGGUAUAAACUCAACACAUUUGACAACAAGAUAGUUUGGGGGCGGGGGGGGGGGAGCUCCAUAAAAAUGGGCUGAGUUUCUUUCAGAAUUAGUAGCGUGAUGUCGGCAUGAACUCAACCUUUAAGCCGCUGACUUUUUAACGUCCCAACUUGGUGUCCCGGGCUUUUUUUUUUUCUUUUCAAUAUUUUCUGAACGUCAUUGUAUGGUUGCUGUAGUUAAGUUAGACUGCUGCAGUUUCAGAAGAUGUAACAUUUUUGGUUUCUUUAUGUAAAAGCCUUCUUCAAGGUGGCAAACAUUCCUCCUGUAGGGAACUUUGUAUGUCAGAGGAGCUCGUAACGUAGGCGCACUUCUCUUCUAACUCUACCACCACUUACAGUGUGCCCACGUUUGCUUUUCUGUUUCAGAAUCACAUGAAUCAGCCAGAGAUCAAUGGCUUUUAUCAAAAAGACACACACAUGCACAAAAAGUACUCUGAGGACAUUGAGCAUAGAAAUAAUGUCCUUCUGUAGGGUGGAAGACUGAGUUUAGUUUUAGUGAGUGUAGGGUGGAAGACUGAGUUUAGUUUUAGUGAGUGUGAUGACAACAUGCGUGUUCAGUGAAUGGAAAGGUUUAGCCGAUGUUCUAGACUGUCCAAACAUUCCAUCCACAAACAUUUGUAGACUUUUCAUCAAUCUAAAAACCCAAAAAUUAUAACCCAAAUGCCAGUGGAUCAAUUAGCAUAAGUCAGCCAUCAAAACGUGUGUUCAGAGGGGAUUUGGAGAGGGAGGUCUUUUGGGGGGAGGGGCUUGAGAAGCAGAGCUUCUGUAGUCUUGGUCUAUGAGCCAGGAGCCCCUCUCACCUGUCAGGAUUUAGUGGACCCUGACUGAGAUCUGGCACAAUUAGCAACACACGAGAAAACACGAGGGGAAGGGGCUUAGCGUCCUGAGAAUUUUUUUAAAUCGUCGCAUUUCAGUUCACUUCUGUAGGUCGGAGGCUCUCUUCUGCUUUGGCACACACUCCCUACACACUGUAGGAAAAUCACUUAAUAAAGUACUUUUUUUAUAAUAGGUAACUAUAAGACCAUCAUUACGCUGUGCGUAACGAAUGUACAGACAAAUCGUAGGUAUUUGUUUGAGGAACAAUUAAUUUGAUAAUGAUAUGUAGCUAUUUAAUUGUUUUCCCUUUUCUAUAUGUAAUCAAGAUUUUUUUUUUUUUCUUUUUUGUGAAAAAAGUUGAUCUUUUUGGUUAUAGAGUUUGGUCUUGUUGGAGGAAAAGUUCAAGUGCAGGAACACAGUUAAUGUAUGAAAACACAAAAAGCCACCCAUGUGUCUGCGACAAUCAUUACCUUGGCUGAUCUACUUUUUUUUCACUUCUGCCCAAACACCUCAAAUUAUUGCUUCAAACAGUUGAACAGAUUUCACUUAAUGAAAAACACAUUAUCAGUUGAAAGGUUGAGUAAUAUGUAACAAUAUCUUAGAUGGAACGUGUUUUUUGUUCAAUGUUAUUUUCAUUAACUACAAAAGUAAGACCGUAGCCAUCAUGGAUUUAAAAACGAUAAGUAGGAACUACGUUACAUGUACCUGUUCCAAUCAGAAUGGAAGCCAGCCAGAAUGGAGUUAUUUGCCUCAAUUACAUGACCCUAAUAAAAUGAUCGGACAGAUCAGCACAUUUGUUCAGCUCAGUAUUUUCUGAAUGGCGAGUUUGACUUGUCAAAAGCAGCUCGUGGGAAUUAACUUCAACAACAUUCAUAGGUAAGCUUUGUAGUCCUGAUCUUCAGCUGGUAUUGACGAUAGUCAACAGGCACCAACGUUUCACGUACGUGAUGGAGCUACUCCUUAUGUGGUGUUCCAGCCGCUGAAGCAUUCAAUAAUUUUAAUUGAUUUAAAACAUCCGGCAGCCCAGUCUCUUGCUUUGUUCCUUUUUGGAAAAAAAUGACUGACCGCUGAUGUGCAAGUACUGAUCAUGUGCUGAAAUCUAGGUUUAUAGAUGACAACGAUCACGUUUACACAGCCAACAGGUGCUAAUAUCUUCCUAUUUUAUUAAGUUAUCAAGGACUGUACCACCCUCAUCAUUCGGACUAAAAGUGGUCCCAUUCAGUGACUUCAUUCUGAUGAGAAACACCUCUUAUACUCAGUCAUCUGAAUGCAUGAGUGACUGUCAUGUAAAUGUAGCUAAUGAGGCAUGUUAGCAAUAUAAAGAUGUUCAGAUUAAGUUUUUGUUUGACGGAUGGGAGCUGAGCCUUUGUGGAGGCCGUUUUAGCUCUGUAACCAAGCCAACAAAAAUCAGUGUGCAGAUACAGAAGAGUUGAUUCUUAUUCUGGCUGUACCACGUUGAACUGGUCCUUUCAAAGUGGUUGUACUUUGGUAGUAAAACUGAACUAUAUAAACUGUAUCAUGAAAAUGGUCAAUUUGUGGCUGUGUGUCCUCUUACUAAAAAAAGGUUUUGGCAGGCCACCUUUUUUGUAUGUAAAGUAGCCUCGAUGAACAAUAAAGUUCUUUAAACCAC